AUGGAUAAGAAGCAGUCUGCCUCUCCUCCUUCUUAUCUUUCAUCAUCAGUUGUUAACUCUCCUCAACAACUGAAAAGCAACUCGACGCUUAUGUUUCGUUUACUUUUUUGUUCAUUAUUAAUCUUACUUUGCCACCAAUUAUGGAGAUCACAUUCAUCAACUGUAACAUAUCCAUGGAUCAAACAAGUGCACGUGGUUUCGAUGACACAUUUAGACGUUGGUUUUACUAAUUUUGCGGCUAAUGUUUGUUCGCUUUAUUUCAAUCAUCAUUUACCGAAUGCAGCAAUUCUUGCACAGCAACUUCGUGAUCGCGGCGGCGAGGAGCGCUUUAUUUUCACUACGCAUCCGUGGAUACUGCUCGAAUUCUUCGACAAUAUUGCACAAUGCACGACCGAGCGACCGAACAGUACGACAGUCGAAUUAGUGGAAAACGCAAUCAAACAAGGCGAUAUCACUUGGCACGCUCAUGCGUUCUCCAUGUUUAUCCCAAUGAUGGAUAAGAAUUUGUUUAAUAUAUCAUUGAGUGUAUCUGCAAUAUUGGAUGAUCGAUUUUAUCAAAAGCGAAAAACAAGUGCUUCGCACAAAGAUGAUAUGGGUCAUCCGAUCAGUACGAUCCCGAUAUUUGCUGCAAAUGGCAUUCAAUCGGUGCAUGUCGGUGUGAAUCUGAAUUGUCAUGGCGCGGAUCUACCACCGGCAUUUGUCUGGCGACAUGAGCCAACGAAUACUGAAUUACUUGUUAUGAUGUACAAUAAACCUACGGCCACGACACCGUGUUCAGCUGAAUCUUGUAUCUAUGGUGGUGAUGUUGUUCUACCAGGCUUUGAUCAGGCAAUGAUUUAUCACUUUACAUUGGAUAAUACUGGACCGCCUCAUGAUGUCAAUGAAGUUAUUCGAAUAUGGACAGAAAUUAGAAGUCACUAUCCUAAUGCAGAAAUCACUGCAAGUAAUCUGGAAACAUUCAGCCAGCUUCUACUCGAAUCAUAUAAAGAACAAUUGCCAGUUAUAACGGACGAAUGGGGAACGACAUGGUUGUAUGGUGUAGCUGCUGAUCCGCAUAAACAAGCUGCCUAUCGCCAAAUUUCGAGAUUAUUACUCGAUCAACAAUUCUCUUCUUCGAUAUACAAUUAUUCGUUUCGUUUAUUAAAGAAUCCGGAACAUAAUUGGGGGUUAUGUACAGGAUGUUAUUUGAAAUCGAAAAAUUAUGCAUACAAUUAUCAUAACGACGAAUUCGCACGUGUCCGAAAUGAAAGUGAUUUUCAACUGUUAGAACAAGGAUGGACGGAAGCGCGAUCCUAUUUAUAUCCGUUGAAUUCUUCGGACCCAUCCCUGAUCAAACUUGUUCAAAAUACUCUCAAAGAACUCGAACCCUCACUUCCUGAUUUGAGCCAAUUUGUUCGGAUUCCUCUCCCAAUAGAUCGAACAAAAGAUUACUAUUUAUUUCAAACAGCAUUCUUCUCGGCUGGCUUUAAUUAUACAUCAGGUGCCGUGGUCUUCCUCCAGGAUAAUCAAGGAAGAAAUUUCUCGAAUAUUAACAAUACGAUCGGUCGUGUUCAAUAUAAAACCUAUUCCAACGAUGACUUUAAUCGAUUUAAUUUACAAUAUAAUCCUGAUUGUGGACCACCCUGUGGUGAUUUCGCUAAACCAGGUCUAACCAAUUCUCUAAGUCAAGCUGUAUUUCCCAGUGUUGUGUCGAUGUGGAAAGAUCGGACGAAUCAAACAUUUCUCGUACAACUAACGUUUCCUCAAGACAUCAUUGACAAGUAUGGCGGAAGUCGAGCUGUUUGGAUCAAUUACACAUUUCCCGCUGAUUCGCCAAUGUCUAUAUCUGUUGAAUUACAGUGGUUUAAUAAGACAGCAACUCGUCUUCCAGAAUCACUUUGGAUUGAAUUCAAUCCAAUCUUACCGCUUGUUUCCAAAACGUGUAAUCAAUGGAAGAUUGACGUUCUCGGAUAUGAUGUCGAUCCAUCGAAUAUUGUAGAUUACGGUUCGAAGCGAUUGCAUGCUAUCGGCCAUGAUGGUGUACGUUUCUAUGAAGAUCAAAGUGAACAAUUGGUAUUUACAUUGUAUUCAUACGACGCUCCGCUACUGUCAAUCGGCUCUGCAGAUUAUUUGUUAAAUUUCGAUAAUUCCAUUGCUGACUGCCAGGGCGUGGGCAAAAACGGAUUAUUUGUCAAUGUUCAUAAUAAUCUUUGGAAUACAGCAUUUCCUAUCUAUUACGAACAAGAUGCGAAGUUUCGAUUUCGAAUGAAAUUCGCAUAG